UCUCUCUCUGUUCCCCACAGUGGACCAUGGGGUUGGCCUCUGCUCUGCUCUCAGCCGCUCUCCUGGCACUCUCUCUGGCUCUCACCCCCAGGGACACCCCGUCCCGGGAGCUCAAGGACCUGGGCGGCCUGUGGCGCUUCCGGGCGGAUCGUUCUGACGCCAGAGAUCGCGGGUUCCAGGAGAAAUGGUACCUGCAGCCCCUGAGGGAGACGGGGCCGGUGAUGGACAUGCCGGUGCCGGCCAGCUAUAACGACGUGACCCAGGAGCGGUGGCUGCGGGACUUUGUGGGCUGGGCGUGGUACGAGAAGGAGACCUGGCUCCCCAGACGCUGGCUAAAACCCGGUGCCAACCAGCGGGUGGUGCUGAGGGUGGGCAGCGCCCACUAUUACACUAUUGUCUGGGUGAACGGGGUCCAGGUGAUGUCGCACGAGGGGGGACACCUGCCGUUCGAAGCCGAGGUCACCAAAGUUAUCCGGAUCAACGGGAGCGUUCCCUGCCGGAUCACCGUGGCCGUCAAUAACACGUUGACCCUGCACACACUGCCCCCAGGGGACAUCCUGUACAUGAACGACACCAAGAGGUACCCACCCGGGUAUUUUGUGCAGCAAACGUACUUCGACUUCUUUAACUACGCCGGGAUCCAUCGCCCCGUCCUCCUGUACGCCACCCCCGAGGUUUACCUGGAUGACAUUAUCGUGGUGACGGACAUCGUAAGUGAUUUGGGGAUCGUGGGCUACAAAGCGUCGGUGAAAGGGGCUGCGGAGUUCUCCCUGUCGGUGACCUUGCGAGAUCACACGGGCAAAGUGGUGGCCACCGUGAAGGACCAGCCCUCGGGGCAGCUGAAAGUGCCUGGCGCUACCUUGUGGUGGCCGUACCUAAUGCACGAGCAGCCAGGAUACUUGUACAGUCUCGAGGUGUCGGUGAGGACGGAGAGGGAGGUGGAUGUUUAUACUCUGCCGAUCGGAAUCCGCACGGUGAGAGUCACCCAGACCCAAUUUCUCAUCAACGGGAAAGCCUUCUACUUCCACGGAGUCAACAAACACGAGGACUCGGACGUCCGUGGGAAGGGCCUGGACUGGCCGCUGAUUAUGAAGGAUUUUAACCUGCUGCGGUGGUUGGGGGCAAACUCGUUCCGCACCAGCCAUUACCCCUACGCAGAGGAGAUCAUGGACAUGUGCGAUCGGUACGGCAUCGUGGUCAUUGACGAGUGCCCAGCCGUCGGCAUCAAAAACCCGCUGAGCUUUGGGGACAAAUCGCUGACCAGGCACCUGCAGGUGAUGGAGGAGAUGGUGCGGAGGGACAAGAACCAUCCGUCUGUGGUCAUGUGGUCCGUGGCGAACGAACCCGCCUCCAGCCUUCCGGAAGCCGAUCAUUAUUUCAAGACCGUCAUAUCCCACACUAAAGCCCUGGAUCCCACCAGACCCGUCACCUUCGUCUCCAACACGGACUUCAGGCACGACAAAGGGGCGCCCUACACGGAUGUGCUGUGUGUGAACAGUUACCUGUCCUGGUAUCAUGACCCGGGUCACCUGGAAGUCAUCCAGUUACAGCUGAUCAGCCAAUUCGAGGACUGGUUCAACCUGUACCACAAACCCAUCAUCCAGAGCGAAUACGGAGCAGGCACUGUCCCUGGCCUCCACAGCGACCCACCGCUGAUGUUCACAGAGGAGUACCAGCGAGCCGUCCUGCACGAGUACUUUACCAUCUUUGACGUGAAAAGGAAAAGCUACCUGAUCGGGGAACUGAUCUGGAAUUUUGCCGACUUCAUGACCAGUGAAAGUAAUACCCGCGUGGUCGGAAACAAGAAGGGGAUAUUCACUCGCCAGAGGCAGCCCAAGUCAGCCGCCUUCCUCUUGCGCGAGAGGUACUGGAAACUGGCAAACGAAACCAGAGCUGAACUACGCAGCCUCGGACACGGUCAUUGUUCAGUGCUCCAAGACUCUUGGUGCUAAAUGCGAGUUGGCCUUGUUGUACCUACAUGUGAGCGUCGGGGUAUUGUUUUCUUAAAAAAAACGCAGCAGUUCAAACGAUGUAAUGUAAUCUCAGAUGCCCUGCACCUUUACAGUCGUGUACAUAGUUUGCAACUUGUACUGUGCGCAACAACUUGAAAUUCGUUGGUUGAUAAAAUUGGUUUCACUGCUCAGCGACGCCAGUGGUGUGUUUGUUAUCUUGGUUAUGUGUGUUUUCCUCCCCACGGUGUGUCAGUGUGAGUACGUAACUGUGUGUGUGAGUGUGUAACUGUGUGUGUCUCAGUUUGAGUAUGUAACUGUGCGUGUGGCUGUGUGAGUGGCGGGAGGCGGGUGGAUUGAUCGAUGGAAAUCCACCUGUGCUUUGCCUCAUAGUUUGCAGUGGGCAGGACUGAUUUUGAUGAAAGCUCGGCUUAUGAGAAUGAAUUACCUGCCGUAUGUGUGCGUACCUGUGUCUGUCUGUCUGUCUGCCAGGCCGUCAGCACACAGCGAGCGAUCAGCUCACAGCCAGCAGCCGGCGCUCCGAAAUCCGUUUAGAAAACAGUCGCAGAAUACUGCCGCAGUGUAGAUUCUACAUUUUAUUUCAUACCAAAAAAAUUUCUGUGCAAUGAAUACUCUCAUUCGUACAUAUUUACAGUUUUUUCUUUGCCAUUUCAGCAAAAAAAAUCAUAUUCCUGAACCUUGCGUAUAAAACGUUUUCUCUCUCACCUGUGGCUGUCAACAGGGGGACAAAAUACCCAGAAAGUCCGCCUUUUUUUUAAAAAAAAAGUCCAUUUUUUUUGAGAAAGUCGUUAUCACGUGCUCAUGAGCUUGAAGCAGCAUUAAUAAAUAACUUUGAUGGAAACAUAUUACACAGAUCAAGAAGACACAUCACUUCUGCCAUGCUAAAUACAGUUUACAAAAAUAAAGAGCAUUUGUCACCCUGCAAUUUCCCACAUUGAA